CUUCGCACCAGGAAAAACAAGUUUUCCUUCGCUGACAGAGGCUUUAAAAUAAACGAGGAAAAAAGUCUCGCGGAGCGCUCGCAUACGGACGCCUUGGUUUCUGUAAGCGAAGACCGAAACCAAGCCGGAAGCCAGGAGGCGUGUUACUCCAUUAUUCUCCCGCUAUGAGGCCCAUGAUGGGUCUCUCAGGAAAAAGAGGAGGGAUCCUGGCGCUGGGAGGAGAAAGAUGGCAGAGACGGAGGCUCAGCUGCUUCUGGGUGUAGGCUUGAUUGAAAAAGAUACCAAUGGAGAUGCUCUAUGGGUUUGGUGUUACCCUUCUAUAACGACUGCAUUCAGAGACCUCUUAUUGAGAAAAUGCUGCCUUACAGAUGAGAAUAAACAGCUUCACACUUUCCUAUUUGGUCAGUACAAACUAACAUGGUUUUACAUUACAACCAUGGAAAUUCCAGAGGCUUCUACCUUGAAAAGGGUGACCCACUUUUCCAUUGUUCUGACAACUAAAGACUUUAAUCCAGAAAAGUAUGCAGCCUUCUCUAGGAUUCUCUGUAGAAUAUACCUGAAAUAUGGGACUCCUGUAAAAAUGAUGGAGAGUUACGUUUCUGUCCUUACAAAGGGGAUUUGUCAGAGUGAAGAAAAUGGUUCUUUCCUAAGCAAAGAUUUUGAUAUCAGAAAAGCUUAUCUUGCAGGCUCAGUCAAAGAUAUAGUGUUUCAGUUUGGAAUGGAAACAGUCAUCCUGUAUACUGCACUCAUGUUAAAGAAAAGAAUUGUAGUAUAUCACCCAAGAAUAGAAACUAUCCUCGAAUUUACAAGAGCAUUACCAGCCUUAGUGUGGCACCGACAAGAUUGGUCAAUUCUUCAUUCAUACAUACAUCUGAAUGAUGAUGAAUUAGAAGCAUUAAAAAUGUGUCCAGGGUACAUUGCUGGAUGUAUAGAUUCAGAAGUGAACAAUAGGAUAGAUCUUUAUGAUGUGUAUGUCAACCUGGCUGAAAGUGAAAUCACCAUUUCACACCAAGCAAAAGAGGCAAUGACAAUGGGAAAAUUGCAUAAAGAACUUGGUCAGCUAAUCGUUCAGUCUGCAGAAGAUCCAGAGAAAUCAAACAGUCAAGUUAUAAAGGAUGUUUCAUUGAAGACAAAGGAAAUCUUGACAAAUCUGGCUUCAUUCACAGAAGUCAUUCAUGAUGGUGAGAAGCCAUCACUUAACUUAGAAGCACUGAAACAAAAGCGAUUCCCACCAGCAACAGAAAAUUUUCUUUAUCAUUUGGCAGCAGCUGAACAAAUGCUUAAAAUCUGAUGUUGUUAAUAAACCUCAGCGGAAUACUUAAAAACAAAAUCUUCUUUACUAUAAUGCUUAUGUAAAGAAUUCUGUGGAAGAUUUUUUUUAAAAAAAAUAUACAUUUCUGGAGAGGAUAAGCAAUGAUACAGACUUGAAAUUACAUCAGUGUGCCAUAAAACAUUGACUGUAGUAUACCAUUGUCAGUUCUUCCUACAAGACUUGAAGACACAAAGGUUUGAGCUGUGCAUUAAGAUGAAAUAGUAAUUGCCAAGCCCAAUCAGCAUCCUAAUGGAAAUCAAUAAUCAAAUUGUUAAUGACAUGAACAUUCUUAGAAGUACACAAAUAAGCCCUCUUCAAUUUGGCACAUCCAAGUACUGUGUCUUGGGAACACAACCAUCAGGAUUCCUAGCAGACUGCCCCUAUUCUAAUUAGUCUUAGCACAUCCAUAACUUGCAAAGAGGCUGAAAGUUAGAGCUUCAGUUAUUGAAGGUUCAACUCUGAACCUAAGAGUUUAUGGAGAUUCUCAGUCAUCCAGAUCAUGGUUGUCCCAAAGUGCUUUUUCAAGAGGCAACUGAACUUUCUGGUUUUUCUUUGAAGACAUUUCUAAAGAGCUGAAAAAGCUUCUUGGAUGAGAAGCAAAAUGUCUUCAAAGAAAAACCAGAAAGUCCUAAAUUGCCUCUUGAAAAAGCACCUUUGGGUCUGAACCUAAGAGUUGUAUAUGCAAUGUAACUUCUCACAAGCAAUCUGUGGAUGUUUGACAGAUUACAUCUAUUGGCUACACUGCCAAAUAUUCAAUGUGCCUGCUAGCCAUAUCUCACAUAGGUGGAUUUUGGGCUUUUAGAAUAAGAAUAUGUACAAGUUUUUGUGAUGAUGAAUCCUGAUUGAGUUUGGGAGCUGUUUACUUAUAAAACAGUCCUAUUGAAUAGGGCAAAUAUGUAUAUUAAUAUAUCCAGUAGCUGCUGUUUUUAGGAAGACAGCUAUAAAAUUCUUUUUCCUCAUUCAAGGGACCAGGAGGUUUACUGUAAUUCUUGCCUCCUGUUUUUCUUAAGCUACUCUCCUUGUGGGUUGUAAGAUGUCAGCAUGUAUCUGAUAUUUUGCAGAAUGAAUAUACGACUGGAUUUUUUUAUUGCUUAACUUUGCCUUUCCCUUCAAUAGCCAUUGACAUUUGGCUGUACACAUUUUUGUGAGAAGGUUUAGCUUGUUAAUUCAAAACUAUUAUAAAACUAAGAGGUUUCAUAAAAAAAUAAAUAAAAAAUCUAAACAAAAAAAUGUGUUAACAGUGGAGCCUAUGCAGUAGCACUUUGCUUUUAAAAUUGACAUGAUUCUUGCUUUCACAUAUACCCUUGCAUGUGAUUGUAGACUUUUUAAAAUUAAACACACUUAUUUCUACUAAUAUUUUAUGAAAUACUGUUUAACUAUGAUCAAUGAUGUAUACUAGCAAUAUUGAAAAUCAUGUUUUUGAUUUAUGAGUUGCAUAUAUGUAAUACAGGAGAAUGUGCAAUUAUGAUAAAAAAAAUCAAAUUAGAAUAUGAA